UGGGCGGAGUUUCAUACCGAACCAGACGCUCCUUUUGUCGGAUUCGUUUCGACCUGACUCCCCGGGGUUUACGGCUAAAAAACAGGCACUUAAACACAGUAAAACCGUUUAACACGAAUAAAUCGCUAAUCCGCGAGCGCGUCCGUAACAGAAUAUUGAAAAAGCCACUUGGCCAGUGAAGUGUCAAGGUGGAGCUUUGGUGAACUCUGUCAUCAUGAAUGGCAGCACCAGUGUGUCUGGCAGCCAGACUGGACGUAUCAAAAUUGAGUCAGUUGCAGAUACAUGGAGCAAAGAGGACUGUCUGAUGCUGCUGGAGAGGAUACGCAGUCUGCUACCUGAUGGAGACACAAUGAAGUAUAAAACCACAGAGUCCCAUUUUGACUGGGAGAAAGUGGGCUUUGGGGUCUUCUCUGGAGACAUGUGUAAGCAGAAAUGGCAGAAAGUUGCCACAGAGGUGCGUAAAUACAGAACGAUGACAGAGCUCAUUGUUGAUGCUAUUGAAUAUGUGAAGAAUCCUUACAAGGGGAAAAAACUGAAGACACAUCCAGACUUUCCGAAGAAACCUCUCACUCCCUACUUUCGCUUCUUUAUGGAGAAGCGUGCCAAGUAUGCAAAAAUCCACCCUGAGAUGAGCAAUUUGGAUCUCACCAAGAUUCUGUCCAAAAAAUACAAAGAGCUUCCUGAAAAGAAAAAGCUCAAGUACAUUCAAGAGUUCCAGAGAGAGAAAGAGUCUUUUGAGAAGAACAUGGCACGAUUCAAGGAGGACCACCCAGAUUUAAUAGAGGAGAGGAAGAAGUCAGACCUCCCAGAGAAGCCCAAGACCCCUCAGCAGCUGUGGUACAACCAUGAGAAGAAGACCUACAUGAAAAUCCACCCCGAGGUGAGCCAGAAGGAGCUGAAGGAAGCGUUACGCAGACAAUGGUCUCAGUUAUCAGACAAAAAGAGGCUGAAAUGGAUCAGCAAAGCUCUGGAGCUGCAGAAACAUUAUGAGGACACCAUGAGAGCGUACAUUGAAGCUCAUCCAGAUGCAAAUUCAGAAGAACACGUCAAAUCGGUCCUGACCAAGGCUGAACGGCAGCUCAAAGACAAGUUUGAUGGCCGGCCAACUAAACCACCACCAAAUGGCUAUUCUCUAUACUGUGCUGAACUAAUGGUAAACAUGAAGGACGUGCCAAGUACGGAGCGGAUGGUGCUGUGCAGCAAACAGUGGAAGAUGAUGACCCAGAAAGAGAAAGACAUGUUCCAGAAACGAUGCGAACAGAAAAAGAAACAGUACGAGAUUGACCUUCAGAGGUUCCUUGAAAGUCUCCCAGAUGAGGAGAGAGAGCGAGUGAUGGGAGAGGAGAAGCUGGGCGGCUCCAGGCUGAGCUUAGGGGGUGCAGGAAGCCCCCUGAGGGCCAAAUCCCCAUCUGCGAAGGUGGGCAUCUGCAAGGAGCGGGUUCGUGACCCUGAGCUGGAUCAGUGGGUGCAUGGACUUUCAAAAGAGAAGCGAGACAGUAAGAAGAAAACCCGGCUUCCUGAAACGCCUAAGACUCCAGAAGAGAUGUGGCAGCAGAGUGUUAUAGGAGACUAUCUGGCUAAAUACAGAAGCGACCGGAAGAAAGCGCAGAAUGCAAUGGACGCCGCUUGGAAGGCCAUGGAAAAGAAGGAGAAGAUUCCGUGGAUCAAGAAAGCUGCAGAGGACCAGAAGCGAUACGAGGUUCAGUACCGAACCGUGAGAGAGCUGUUAGAGAUGAGGACAGCUCUGUCAGGACAGGGACAGAGAAAACCCAAAUUCGAUGGCGAGCCUAAAAAGCCCCCUGUGAGCGGUUAUCAAAUGUUCUCUCAGGAACUCUUAACUAACGGUGAGCUAAAUCACUUCAGCCUGAAGGAGCGCAUGGUGGAGAUCGGCAAGCGGUGGCACAAACUUAGCCAAAGCCAGAAAGACAAAUAUAAAAAACAGGUGGAGGAACAACAGCUCGAGUACAAAGCUGAACUUGAAGCUUGGGUGAAGUCACUAUCCCCUCAGGAGCGUGCAGUUUAUAAAGAGUUCUCCUCUACGAAACGGCGAAGCACAACAAAAGCUCGAGGUCCCGGGGCCAAAGUGCGCGUCACCAAGGGGAAGGCGGUAGGUGCCAGAGCCGCAACAGUGGGUCCCGGGGGGGGCAAGCGUUCCAUGGCGUACCGGGCCAAGCAGGACACAUCAGAUUCCGAUGAUGACGAUGAAAAAACAGACACUUCCGAUUCAGAGGAUGAUGAUGAGUCGUCUGGCAGCACGGAUAGUUAUGAAGAUGACGAAGAUGAUGAGAAUGAAGAGGACGAUGAUGAGGAUGAUGAUGACCAAUCAGAUGGCUCCAGCAGCUCCUCAUCAGAAGACAGCAGCGACUCUGAUUCAGACUAAUCCGUCCCAGGCUCUCUCACAAGGGGGCUGUGCCGGACACACCCCUAAUCUAACACCCCUCCCAAAGGCAAAGAGGGUGUCCUGUAGCUGUGAGCUCACAGCAUGCCCACCGUAAUCUGGUUCCCUUUCUUUACAGGGCAAGAAACCACAAGAUAUGGUGGCCAACAGCUCUCCCCGUCAUCAUGUCCAUACGACAGACUUAAAGUCAGUUGGACACAGUGUUGUUUUUUCUUUUCUUUUACAGGAGCUGUGUUACAUGUGUGGUAAUGGCAUCAGUUUUUAUUGCCUUUAUAUAGGUGUGUUAUUAAAAAUCUGUGUUGGCUGUUUUGUUUUGUUCUUUUUGUUUUAACUUGGAAAUAAUUUUCGGAUUGAGCCGGUUGAGCUUUUGUACGUUUGGAAAGCAUCAGGGUUGCUCAGAGGUGGACGUUCGGGAUGAGAGACUUUGCAAUGGAGAUGAAAUCCCACUGUUCUCCUGUUUAUAUUUGUUCGCCUCGGAGAGUUGCUGGGGCUGUGAGGGCUAUACCAGCUGCUCAAGAAUUGUUUGGAUCAUUCUGUUGCAGAUUCUGCGUAAUAAAUGCACUUUUUUCCUCCUUGUA